GCUAGCGGAAUCGCGUCGCUGAGCGCUGGUGCAGCAGCUCCGCGCCUCGUCGAAUCCACCACCCCCAGUCUCUGAACCAGUCGCGGAUUUGCGAUUGUUGGUUUUCUUCAGAGCAAUUCGUCGGUUAUUUGCGCUGAUUAAAAUUCGAUCUUUUCUAUUGGGAUUUGUUGUUUCGUGAGGUUUUAAGCGAGGUUUUGCGUGUUGCGGAAGGAGGCAAACAUGUGCUCCACGGCGUGUUCUCCUGUUCUUCACCUCUCUAUUUCUCCUUUGUUGAGCUUUCCGUCUCGCACUAGAGCGGCUAGAGCGAAAUUGAGCUCUACGGAUAGCAUUUUUAGUCAGUUUAGGCAAGUGAGUUCACGGGGAAGAGUGCUUAGGGUGGUGAGAGUUCGAGGAUUGGCUGACGAAGCGGGUGGCUCUGAGAAGGCGGGGGUGGACUCGACUGGGGACAAUGGGAAGUCUAGUGCGGCAGUGGCAUCCUCCUCCUCCUCCUCCUCGUCGGUGUCAACCGGGAGUACGAAAGGGUUUGGGCCAUCUGCCCGUCCUGGGUCCACAAAACCCUCUUCGAAAGAGAAGAAGAAACCCGGCACUGUCCGGAGAAAUGCGCCAGAAAAGCCUCUGAUUCAGUCUGCGCCUGCAGACAACCAGAUGUCGCAACUCGAGACUGCUUAUGUGGCCUCACUCACAUUUUUGUUCGCGCUCAUCUUUGCGGAGGGUAUUGCAUUAGCUGCUUCAGGGUUUUUGCCGGAAGAGUGGGAUCAGUUUUUCGUGAACACGCUGUAUCCAUCAUUCACACCAACUGUAGGUCUAUUUCUUCUGCUUGCUGCAGGGUACGGUGUCUUCAAGUAUUUAGGGUAUGGCCCAUCACAGGAGUGAUAUGCAGUUUGCGUCCUAGCAGGUUAUGUUGCAGAUCAAUCAGCAUGGGCCCGUGUAAAUUCCUCUUUGCAAAUCCAACACUUGUAAGCUCAACCGUUACCCUGAUUCUUCCCUUA